ACCAAAGAAGACAUUGUGACUGUAGCGCAGCCUCCAGCACUGAGAUGCAGUGCAUUAGACAGCUACGCCACUUGGGAGCAAACCUAUGUUGUUGAAGCUUGGCUGUAAAUCAGUGAGGAAAGCUUUGACUUGAAUGCGGCUGUAUUCAUUUCAAUAGGCAGUAGAGGCGAAUCAUCUGAAAUUGAGGAUUAAGAGUUUGAAAUUGUUUCACCACCAUCAACUUUUGCUCUAUUUCGGAAAUGCCAUUUGGAUAUCUCUUCCGGAGACCAUGGUCAUCCGCAGCCCGACUUGAUGACAAAACAGUGCUCAUAACUGGAGCCAACACUGGUAUUGGCAAAGAGACAGCGCUGGACCUGGCUAAGAGAGGGGCCAGAAUCAUCAUGGCCUGCAGAGACAUGGAGAAAGCUGAGGGAGCCCUGAAAGAAGUCAUACAAGGCUCUGGCAGCCAAAAUGUUGUCAUCAAGAAGCUUGAUUUGUCAGACACCAAGUCCAUCCAGGAGUUUGCAGAGACCAUCAACAAGGAAGAGACUAAACUCAAUAUCCUCAUCAACAAUGCUGGCGUCAUGGUGUGUCCGUACGGGAAAACAGCUGAUGGAUUUGAAAUGCAGAUUGGUGUCAAUCACAUGGGUCACUUCCUGUUGACCCACUUAUUGAUUGACCUGAUCAAAAGGUCGACCCCGGCCAGGAUCAUCAAUGUAUCCUCUUUGGCUCAUUUCUGGGGUACCAUCAACCUGGACGACAUCAACAGUGAGAAGGGCUAUGACAAGAAGACAGCGUACAGCCAGAGCAAGCUAGCCAACGUCCUUUUCACCCGCUCCCUGGCCAAGAGGCUACAAGGUAUGGCUGUGACAGUGUACUCCCUCCACCCUGGCAUCGUUCAGACUGAUCUGUGGCGGCACCUGAACGCACCUCAGGCAGCUAUCAUGAAGAUGAUCAGUCCCUUCACCAAGACAUCCGUCCAGGGAGCUCAGACCACUAUCUACUGUGCUGUGGCCCCUGAACUGGGAACAGAGAGUGGUGGAUAUUACAGUGACUGUGCACCAGCCAACUGCUCACGGCCUGCUUCAGAUGAUGACACGGCUCAGAAACUAUGGGAGCUAAGCUGCAGGAUGCUUUCUGUAUCAUGGGAUUGAAUACCUCAGAAAUACGGUGUAUGGUUUUCAUUGAGAUGGUCAUUUGAUUAGAUAUAUGGUAUAUAUGGUUGAUAUAGAUAUUUUUUUUUUAAAUACUGUACAAAUUGUCAUAAUGUGAUAUUGCACAUCAAUAAUUAAUUACACUAACAUUUUGGGCAUUUACGAACUCAGCAUUUCAUAUUAUAAUUCUACUGUAUCUUUACAGCAUACAGUGGUUUUCAUAUUAUAAUUCUACUGUAUCUUUACACCAUACAGUGGUUUUCAUAUUGGAAUUCUACUGUAUCUUUACACCAUACAGUGGUUUUCAUAUUGGAAUUCUACUGUAUCUUUACACCAUACAGUGGUUUUCAUAUUGGAAUUCUACUGUAUCUUUACACCAUACAGUGGUUUUCAUAUUGGAAUUCUACUGUAUCUUUACACCAUACAGUGGUUUUCAUAUUGGAAUUCUACUGUAUCUUUACACCAUACAGUGGUUUUCAUAUUGGAAUUCUUUAAACAACAUAAUUCUAAAAUGUUUUCUUGCAACUACCAAGGGAUCUCUUCAGCAUGAUGUCAUUUUCCUAAAUGAUCUAUUUGUCUAAUGAUAGAGAAUUAAAAUGUAUUCACAUCAGCA